CACAGGGCGCUCGCGCCCGGCGCGACCGUUACAGACCGUUGGCGCCGCGCGCCCCCUCACCCGCCGCCCGCAGGGCCCCGCGGCCGCGGGCCGCCCCGGACGUCGCGUCGCCGGGGCGGGCUGCGUAGUUCCGGCGGGGAGCAGGGAGGGGUGACAUGCAGAGCAGGCAGCCGCGGCCUCGGGAGCAGCUGGAGCCGGAGCUGCCGGAGCGGCGGGCGGGAGCGGCGCUGGGGGGCCAGGCCUGGCGCGGCGCCCCCACCAUGGAGAUCGAGAAGGAGUUCCACCGGCUCGACCAGGCCGCCAGCUGGGCCGCCAUCUACCAGGACAUCAGGCACGAAGCCAGUGAUUUUCCAUGUAAAGUGGCCAAACAUCCUAGAAACAAAAAUAGAAAUAGGUACAGAGAUGUCAGCCCCUUUGAUCACAGUCGAAUUAAGCUAAACCAAGGUGACAAUGACUAUAUCAAUGCUAGUUUGAUAAAAAUGGAAGAGGCCCAAAGGAGCUACAUCCUUACCCAGGGACCUUUGCCAAAUACUUGUGGUCACUUCUGGGAGAUGGUUUGGGAACAGAAAAGUCGUGGUGUUGUCAUGUUGAACCGAGUGAUGGAAAAGGGAUCUGUAAAGUGUGCACAGUACUGGCCACGGAAGGAGGAGAAAGAAAUGUUUUUUGAAGAUACAAAUUUGAAACUAACAUUGGUAUCUGAAGAUAUAAAAUCAUAUUACACAGUACGACAGCUGGAAUUGGAAAACCUUACAACACAGGAAACUAGAGAGAUUCUGCACUUUCAUUAUACGACGUGGCCUGACUUUGGCGUCCCGGAGUCACCUGCUUCGUUCCUCAAUUUCCUGUUCAAAGUGAGAGAGUCCGGCUCGCUUAACCCUGAGCACGGGCCCGUCGUGGUGCACUGCAGCGCAGGAAUCGGGAGAUCGGGAACUUUUUGUUUGGUUGAUACAUGUCUUCUACUGAUGGACAAACGGAAAGAUCCUUCUUCUGUGGACGUGAAACAGGUUCUCCUAGAAAUGAGGAAGUACCGGAUGGGACUCAUACAGACAGCAGACCAGCUCCGUUUCUCCUACUUAGCUGUUAUUGAAGGGGCAAAAUUCAUUAUGGGAGACGCGUCAGUGCAAGAGCAGUGGAAAGAGCUCUCCAAUGAGGACCUGGACCCACCACCUGAACACACCCCACCGCCUCCCAGACCGCCAAAGCGAACCUCAGAAAUGCAUAAUGGAAGGAUGCACGAACACACGGAAUUCUUUCCUAAACAUCAAGUAGUAGAGGAAGAGAUUAGAUGUUCGGUCAGCACUGUGGAAGAGAUGGUUCCAGAUGGCAGAGCUCGUUCAUCUGUGCCACUGGUUACAGACAGCACUAGUCAAGACACUGAAAUUCGGAGGAGAACUGUUGGUGAAAACCUGCGUCUCUCGCCCCACAAAGAAGAGUCGAUGAAGUCUGAAAACUCCGAAGAGGAUGAUGAGAACAUGAUGACAACUUGGAAGCCAUUUCUAGUGAAUAUUUGCAUGUUCACUUUCCUCACAGCCGGAGCUUAUCUCUGUUACAGGGUGUGUUUUCAUUGAUGGACGUGCCAACAAGAUCGACCCUGCAGGAAACACCAACGAUUUGAUCGGUUUGUAAUAAGCUUCUCUGAAAGCGAGCUAACUGGGGCACGUGAGCCUUCUCUCAGUGGAGGUAGAUCUUAGGUUGAAAGGCCGGAACUUUGGGUAGGGCUUCAAGACAGAAUUGAUGCACUAGGGUUUUAUCUAGCCCUGUGGUCCCAAGAACAUAAUAUUCUAAUCUCAGGGCCUUAAAAUAUUCAGGAGUAAGCAGAGAAAAUGCCAAAUAGUCUGGGGUUGUUUUUUUUUCUUUGUUUUUUUUUUUUAAACUGAAUAAUAGAAUUGCAACACAUUGUUGUUUUUAGCCUUUUUUAAAAAGCCAGUUCUUUUUCUUUUGUGUUUCAGAAAAACUAGGCACAAGUGAAACUUGCUUGUACUCUCCAAGUGUUGUAACCAAAUAACAUGACUUAUAUUGACGAGUUCCCAAAAAACAAAAAAGAAACCCACAUACCUGAAGAAUGUAAACUUUUUGGAAGGGGAGGGUGUUGGGGGCUGGGUGUUUGUGGUUGGGUUUUUGUUUUGGUUUGGUUUUUUUUUUUAACUUGCUUCAUCAUUAAAGACUGAGUUGUGGGCAGUGCCUGUGGUAUUGAUAUAUUUAAUCUUGGCAUAACUGUUCUUAAAGAGCUUAUUGUUUUACAUGUGUUUAUAGAAACAGGCUUCUGCGUUUGCUCAGGGUAUCCCAACAUGUCAAGCUCUUUUUUGGUUUGUUUUUUUUCCCCUUUUCUUACUUUUUUUUUUUUUUUUUUUAGUAAAUGUAUCUCCUCAUUGACUCUUGUUGCACUCUACUUGCACAUAUGCCUAUUUACAUUGCACCAUCCUUUGUAAAGUUAUUUUUACUUUUAUAUUCUGGGUUAGGAGAGGUUGACAUGAGGGAAACUGGAAGGGGAAAUUCAACCAAAACAUGUCCACCAGCAUUUUGCAGCUGCGCAGUUGGCAUUUAGAAGGACCAGUUCUUAAACCUCAUCAUUUGGAAUGUAAAAUGCAGUUUCACUCUACAUCUGCUCCAUAAGGAACAGCGUGCUUCCUGCAAGGGCCGGGGAGGUAACGUACUCGGAGGCAUUGCAGGCGAUGAACAGGAAAGCAUUUCAAUAAAUCCAGAGCAAUUAAUGCUGUGGCAGCUUCCUUAAGACGUAAAAAGUUCAACAGAAGACAUAUUGGUCUGUGAACGUAUCGGUUGGCUUAUGGUGCAAGCGUUCGUGUGUUCUGCUUUUUUUAAAGCAAGGAUUUUAAAUACUGGCUUUAGUUUGGCUCGAAGAUGUGCUCUUCGGUGAUGAGCGCGCGUGGCGGUGCGAGGGGGUGAGCCUUGCGCCUCUGCGGACGGGGGUGUUGCUACCCCGGCGUAAGCCCAGCGAGGCGGGUGGGUUGGGGCUGCGCUGCGUCUGCGUCGCUUUGCUCAGUUGGCGGGUCUGUGCCGCAGGCCCAGGACUUGAAUUAAUGUAAAGUGCUUGUAAAUAAGGAUUUGGGUGCAUUGGUAGAACUGUGACUGGAAGCCGGCAUUGCGCGAAAUGGGCGUAGGCAAUGCUGGUCCUCUUGUUAGUACCAAAUUAUUAUGGCUUAAGCAGUAACAGCAAAAAGUUUUUGCUCAUGUCAUGGCACAGAGGACAGGAGUGAACUCGCUACAGCCAAGCCGUAGUGACGGACAGUAAACCAUGACAGCUGAUUUGCAACAGUGUUACUACUCUGUUCUUUUUUUUAUUUUUAAAGUCUUCUUAGAUUUAUAGCACUUAACCACCAUUCUCAGUGCAAACAUCGCUAUGGAAUAUCCUACGUAAGUCGCUCUCCACUCCAUAUUUAUUUUUGCAAAGCUGGCUCUAGGUGUAGCUCUUUUCCUUCAGUGAGUAAGUUGGUGAAUGGGGGGGCAGGGGGGCGGGGCGGGAGUUAUUUCUAUUUUGUGUUUUGUUAAGCUUGCAUCAAGGGCUUCUCAAAAGUACAAUAAUAAAUCCUCAGGUAGUACUGGGAGUCAAUCCUUUACCUGUGAGACUGUUGCUCAGACCAGUACUUGAAAGGAGGAAUGUUGUAAUCAGUCAAUACUUAGUUAUAUUAUUGGAAACAUGAAAAAUGCGUAUAGAAAAUGGUAAUAUAUAACAGCUCAUCUGUGUAUUUAAGAUACAUUAUGUGAUUGCUUUGUCCCCACUAUUCUCUCCGACAUCCGGUAGAAUCUUCUUCGAAGGCAACAUUUGUACCCCGUUUGUAUGAAAUUGCAUGUAAAGUCUUCUAGUGUCCUGAUUAAAUACCACGUGCUUGAAAGGUGAAAGAACUUAUAUUUCUGCUUACUGAUGUGCCCAAAUUAUAUUUGCAUGAACUGAUCAUUAAGUGGCUGUGGUUCAAAGGGUGUUGCUGAAAGUAUCUGCGUUCAGCGAUAGACUGAUUAGGUGUUUAUCAGAUAACAUGUACUCGCCUAAUACUUGGCAUGACUUCCUAUUGACUUUCUGCGUACUCGGUGUAACCCGGUUGUUUAGCAUGGUUCAUUUCAGCUGAGUAAGUAUAGUACAGACAUUCCAGAGAGUUUAGUAAGCCCUAUCCACACCUCACCUCUGGUCGCUUGAGGCAAGCAGUAGCUCACGGAUUUCGGGGUGUGCUCUGCCUGCAGAGCUGUGCGGCAGGAGGCGGGGGAAGCCCCUGCUGCCAGGGCUCGGUAGCCGCUUUGACCUGCAGAAGCGCAGGCUCCUGAAGUGGUGGCCCGUGCGAAAACAAAGCAACAAAACCCACCUCUGUGCUGUUACCAAGAGAAUAUUUUAGAGUUUCAACCCGACGGGAAAACAAAGCAUCCUUCCUUUGCAUCCAGAAUUCACUUGCAAAUUAUUCUAACAGGAGAAAGCUUCUGCAGAUGAUAAAAACGUUUUGAACAUCCCCCUUUCCGCCCACGUGUUUUGCUAGUUCUUUAACCUGUUACAAAUCCCGAACGUACACUGGCCGGGGAUAGACAGUGGAAUAUCCCCCAAGCCCAGCGAGGUGUGUAUAAGGCUUAGGAUACUGAACUGUAAACAUUUUUGUUUUGAUGUCCUGUAUAUGUAUGUAGUAGUUUGGGUGUGUAUAUACAGUAGCGUUUCAAAGUGGGUGUAUUGGUUAACCUGUUCUUGGAAAAUGGACAAACAUCCAUGUUAAACUUGUUAGAAAGUUAGUGAGCUGCUCUGCUAUAUGCCUUAAGCAAAUAUUUACUCAUCAGGUCUUUCUUUUUUACAGAUUGCCAUAGAAUAAACUUUUUUUAAAAAAAAAAUAUAAAAAAACAAAAAAGGUAAAUGUUUUGGUAUAAUACAUUUUCAGGUAUUUCUUGUCUUUUGUGUAAGCCGCUACAAAGACCUCACAGGUUAUAGUAAAAUUGUACAGUUUUUCAAUUUCCCAUACAAGUUUUCAGUUCUCAUUUUAGUUGUAACAAUAAAAUUCUUUUUUUAAAGAACA